AUCGUUAGAAACCCCAAGAUCGGCCAUUGUUUCUCUUGCUCUCACUCUCACCCCCCAAAAUCCUAAUUCCUCACUAGAACCCUAGAAUUCAAGGAGGAGAGAAGCCGAGAAGAAGUGAUUCCAUGGCAACCGAUGUCGAAGGAGCAGGGAGUAGCAUCACGGCGUUUCAAAUGGACGAGACUUACGAGUUCUGCGCGCCAAGGUUCUUUGAUUUCAUGAAAGAGGAGACCCAAGAGGAGAUUCAGAAGACCGAGAUGUGGUUCGAGACUGCGCUCAGCUAUGCCCCCUCUCCUUUUAUGCCCAAGAUAAAGAUGGCGAGAUCCAUCCAAAUUGAUAGUAUAGGUGACUUUGGGAAUUUUGAGAAAUCGCAGAAGGGUUCAGAAACAGCCAUAUCUAGUAAUCAAGGUGAAGAUCCCACGUCUGCAGUUCCAAAUAGAACCAGUAGCGAACAGGGGGCCAUUAAAGUCAAAGAAGCUCAAUCUGAGAAUGCAAAGAACUCCUUUGAGUUUGUAGCAGAGAAUAAGCCUUGUGAAGUCAAGAACCAUGUUAAAGAAGAACUUAGUGUACUGGCUGGAAUCUCUACUCUCUCAGCAGGAUUGAAAAAUCCUCAGAAGCAAACUUCAUCUUUUGUGUUUCCUACAAUUCCUUCAUCUAAUUCUGCUGUAGUUCAAGCAGCCGCUGAAGCUUCAACACCAAGAUUAGUCAGGGGUCCAUUGAAAGGUGUGGCAACUAAUUAUUCUGAAACAGCUACAGAAGCACUGACGCCAAAACCACAUAGGGCUUCUGUGAAAGGAGCACCACCAACUAGUUCUAGAAACCAAAGCAGCCAUAAAAAUGCUAACCAGAUUAGACAGCAGUCUGCUGCAAAACACAUGAGCCAAUCUCCCGCUCUCCCAUCUAUGAAGAGUGUCAAACAGAAGACUACAGCCAAGUGUCCUGACAGUGUAACUGCCAAGAACUCCAUGGCAGUUGACAUUGCUCAAGAAAAUCAAGCCAUAAAAAGGCAAAAACUGGAUGGAGGAAAAUCCAGACAGAUACUUAAUGUGAAGAAUCGGGUGUUGCCCCACAAAUCAAAAUUAGGCCAAACACUUAGUGAGUUUAGGUCUUCUGUGGCUAAGGGUCAUCAGGAAGCAACAGCAUUUAUAUCAGCAGCAGAGAUGGUCAAGAAAUUCCAAUCAAAGCCUAGAGACAUAGAACUCUCUCAAAGCAGAUCAUUUUCACAUGUUGAUUCAGCAUCAGUUAUACAAAGAAGACCUAAACUCACCCUUACAAGGCCAAAGGAACCAGAGCUUGAGACUGCUCACAGAGUUCGUGCAGUUAGAAUCAAAAGUUCUGCAGAACUGGAGGAAGAAAUGCUCGCAAAGAUUCCCAAAUUCAAAGCUCGACCAGUUAACAAGAAGAUUUUAGAGGCACCUACACUCCCCGCAAUGCCUAGAAGUGCUCCUCAGCCACCAGAGUUUCAGGAAUUUCAUUUGAAGACAAUGGAGAGGGCUAAUCAACAUGCUGAAACAUCAUCAGUAGUGUCAUCAGCAGUGGAUUCUUCAUCUCAGAAUCAAGGCAAACAUCUUACACUUACCGAACCAAGGCCACCACAACUUGAAACAUCAUUACGCGCUAGACCUCCAAGAGUCAAGAGCUCUCAGGAAGUGGAGGUAGAAGAACUUCAGAAGAUUCCAAAGUUCAAGGCCAGACCAUUAAAUAGAAAGAUUUUUGAGAGUAAAGGAGACCUUGGGUUACCUUGCAAUCAAAAACGCCUAGUUACAACCCCACAAGAAUUUCAUUUUGCCACAAAUGAUAGGUUAGGUCCACCUGUUACUGCAUCAGUUGCGGAUCUCUUUGAUAAGCUUUCGCUGCACUCAGAAUCAUCUUGUCGUGACCAACAAGUUCCUAGAAUUACAGUCCCAAAUCCUUUUCAUCUUCAUACAGAGGAGCGGGGAUCGGAGAAAGAGAGGCAAUUUACAGUCCAGGUUCUAUACAAACAAAUUGAGGAAGAGAGAGCUAGAAUUCCGAAAGCAAAUCCUUAUCCAUAUACCACGGAUUAUCCAGUGAUGCCUCCUAAACCUGACCCCAAGCCAUGCACCAAGCCUGAAAUUUUCCAGUUGGAAAGCCUAGUCAGGCAUGAAGAAGAGAUGCAGAGGAAGUUAGAAGAGAAGGCAAGGUUGGAGAAAGAAGAGGCACAAAGGAGAUUGUUUAAAGCACAACCUAUUAUGAAGGAAGAUCCACUUCCCCCGCCGGAGAGGACGAGGAAACCACUCACAGAAGUCCAGGAAUUUGUUCUCCACGUUGAUCAUAGAGCUGUGCACAGAUCAGAGUUUGAUAAGAAGAUAAAGGAGAAAGAAACGAUGUACAAGAGAUUAAGGGAGGAGAAUGAAUCUAUGAAACAGAUAGAAGAGGAAAAGGCAGUGAAACAGAUGAGAAGAACAAUGGUGCCCCAUGCAAGACCCCUUCCAAAAUUUGAUAAUCCAUUCCUCCCACAAAAGUCAAUCAAGGAAGCAACAAAGCCCAAGUCACCAAAAUUGCGUGUUAUCCGGAGAGAAGAUAGAUGCCAUACUUCUCAUUUGAGAUAAUAAGAAGUAUUGUUUGCAGGAAUCACAAUCUUCUUUCCAUUCAUGUUGUUCAUUCCUUGUUGAACAGAAAACAAGUUACUGAACCAAUGUAAUUGUUCUUAUAAUGGGGAGCAGACUAGCAAGUUACUACUCAUACUACUAAUGUAGCUAAACUCGGUUCCAGUUAAUAUGCUUGUGUUUGUAGACUUGUAGCUACUGU